GUCCCUUCCCGUCCGGUGCGGCGCGGUGCGGUCCGGCCCGGCCCAGCCCCAGCGAGGGCAUGGAGAAGCUGCGGCGGGUGCUGACCGGGCAGGACGACGAGGAGCAGGGACUGACGGCGCAGGAUAAGGAGUUGGACCUAACAAGGUCCUCGAUGCAUCAACACUCAGCUUUGGUACUCGUGUCAGAUGGUUUGCCAUAUGUUUUGUUGCUGGCGUUGUGUGUUCUAUUCUUUACAUGUUUCCUGAUGGGGCCACUGAAGCAACUGAAAGCAAUGUUUGAGCCAAAAAGAUUAAUAGCUACAGUUGUGAUGUUGCUUUUCCUAGUAUUGACUCUGUGUGCUGUAUUCUGGUGGAACAAAAAAGGCUUGGCGUUGUUAUUCUGCAUAUUGCAGUUCUUGGCAAUGACCUGGUAUAGUCUCUCGUAUAUUCCUUUUGCAAGGGACGCUGUGAUUAAAUGCUUCUCGUCCUGUCUAGGGUAAAUUAAAACCAGGAACCACUGUAUGCUUUAAAAGCCAACUUUUAUUCCUCUGUGAAUUUUGCUCGGAAAACUAUACUUUUCCACUCAUGAAAUACCCAGUAACAAUUUAGUAUUUUCCUUGCCUCUUGCAUUUGGGGGAUUAAAUAAUCUUUACUAGAAACAGUUUUUAAAAUAAAUUGGGUGAACUCUUUGUGUUUACCCUGGAACCUUUAGGCUUUUUUUAACAAAAAAAAGUACAUUUAAAUACUUUGUGCAAAGUAGUCUUAAAACUACAUUGCAUCCAGUAGCACAGUUUAUUCCCCAGUGGAGGCAGGCCACUAAGGUCUGGGUAGUAUGCAUAAAGAUUUCAUUUACAGUUCUGUCUAAAAUGCGCUAUGUGCCAUUUAUGUUUGUGUAUUAUUUACUGUAUGCAUUUCCAAAGACAGAGUUUUAUAAACGUUGUAAAGAUUUGGUAAGUUAUAAUUAACUGCUCCUUUGAAAUGCCUAUACAUGUGCCUUAUGGAAAAAGCUUAAUGAGAAUCUGUGAAAGGUCUUUUAAAGGUUGUUGGAUUUUAUUAAAAAGCUAUAUUUUAAAUGAUUUUUUUUUCCUUUCCUACUUAACUACUUUUUACUAAAAGAACUUAUGGCUAAUGUAUAAAUGAGAUUUGUGAAAUAAAUUAGUUUUAAAGGUG